AUGACAAUCAAAAUGAUGAAGUUGAUCAAAGUAGAUCCCAGCACAUCAAAGAGUACUAAGCCAGCGCCCUCAUAUACUUGCUUUAGAAUGGAAACUGGAAUCGGUAAAAGUGCAAAGGUAGAUGACCGUUUAUUCUGCAGCGCACAAAAGACUGAGUCUCCGAUUAUAUUCCAUAAUGUCCAUCCAAAUUGCAUUGGUGAACGCAUUCAAUCAAAUGAGCAUCAGUCUUUAUCGUACGCUUUCAGCAAUAAGUUUGGGAAAGAAGCAGGCCACUCCUUACAGGGAGUUGACGAUAAGCUGUUACUGACUAAAAAUGCAAAUAAUAUCCCCCUGAGAAUCAAGAUUGAUCCCAAAUAUCAAAAUACUAAUUUGACUUCAAAUAGAAGUUUUGUUGGUGCAUCCGACAACAAUAGGAGAAUAACAUUUAUCCCUUCUUCUUCGAAUGGUUCACUUGUACCAAUAUUCAUUUCUGAUAACCUUCGAUCAUCGACAUUCGCAUCAAAAAACUCAAUGAACAAUAGUGACACUGCAAGAAGUCUCUCAUCAUCAUCUACUUCAUCGUCGUCAUCGUCAUCAGGAUGCAUUUUGAAGGAAGAUUCCGUAAGUAAAACCACAAAAAUAUCGUACAAACGUCAGAAUCGAAGACGUAUGCGUGAUCCUAUGAACAGCAAGGAUUUUACAAGCAAAACUACCAGUGAGGUGAAAAGACAGUUGGUGGCCUUCAAUCGAGUGCGAUGUAAAUACGGCACUUUGAAGGCAAUUAAUGAGCCACAAUCAAUAGCUAAAAGGAAUUCGUCGUUAGGUAAGUUUACUUCUGAUGCAAGGAUAAAAUUGCGCAAGAAUGGACUACGAACUGCUACAGAUUUUUCUACUGGUACAUUUAGAGUUAAAAUGAGAGAAAAGGAAAAACUGUAG